AUGGUCCAGGAAAGGUCUGACUGCACCCAGCCUUCGGGUGAUGGCACAUGUGCAUCUGAUGAGCCAAAAGUUGGCCCUGCUGCAGAUGGAGCCUGUGCUGGCUCCCACGCCAAAGAGGAUGACGUUCCAACCCCUCACCCAGCAGAAAAUCAGAAUGGUCAUGAGGAAGUGGAUGGACAAGAGCCACUGCCCCCCAGCGCGGAGUUGCAGGAGGUUGCAAAGGAGGAAGUGCUCCAGGCGUUCCCAGAUGAAGCUGUUUUGGCUCCUUGCAUUCAGCAGGAAGGUUCUGACUGCUACCCGCCUUGCAGUGAUGGAAAACUGGCAUUUGAUGAACAGAAAAAGGGGUCUGCUCUGGAUGGAGCCUGUGGUUGCUCUCCUGCUGCAGAGGGUGAAAUUCCAGCUGGUCCCCCAGAAAACCCACAUGAUCGUAAUGGGGUGAAAGAACCAGAGCCACCUGUCCCCAGGCCUCCGUCCCCCACCAGGCUCCGCGGGGAGCUGCCGCCGAUGGCAGAGUGUGGUGUCCCACUGAACUCACUGGAUGGAAGCGCUUGGUCUUGCCCAGGUCUUCCCGACCUGUCGGACUCCUUCUGGCCUUACAGGAGUGCUGCCACCCUCUCAUUUGAGAACAUGGAUGUCCCUGAUGCUCACGAUGCAACCAGUGACACCUGGGGGGAUUGUCACAAAGUGCCUUUGAGUUUUGGAAGGCCAGAGAUGCAAAGUUCACAAGCUCAGCUGCAGACAAGCACCCAGGUGGCCAAUGAUCUGCAGCUGCCCCUCAGCCAGCAUUUAGAUCGUGGUGAUGGCAAAGCCAGGCUCCGCCUUUCCUCCAACAUCCAGGGCUUUACUGCCAACACUGAUACUGGGAACCAAGGGCCACUCUUCCGAGAGCUGGGUCUGGAUGCUUCCAUCGGAAUGAAGACCCCUCCCAAGCUGGAGGGUGAGGGCUCAGCUGCCAGCAGGCAGGAGUGUCACGUGUGUCACCGCCUUCAUGCCUUAAGUUUCCUGAAAGAGAAGAUUAUCCAAAGAAAACUGCAGUUCAGCAAGUGGAGACUGGCCUGCAGAUUCCCUGGCCUCCUUGCUUAGGCUACCGAGGUAUCUGUUACUUCCAGAACGAAGAAGAGUUAUUGCCCAACCCC